GUUGGUUCAUUCUGGCCCAGGAAAAGGCUCACCGCAGUCAGGGGUGGAUUUGUCUUUUGCAACCCGUACUGGGACAAGGCAAGGGAUUGAAACCCACUUGUUCAGGACGGAGACUAGUCGAGACCUCUCACUGUGGACGAGGAGUGUCGUGCAGGGCUGCCACAAUUCUGCAGAGCUCAUUACGGAAAUCACCACAUCUUGCACAUACAAAAGCCAGGAGUGCCGUUUGACCAUCCAUUACGAACAUGGAUUCUCCCUUACAACUGAACCGCAAGAUGGUGCCUUCUCUAAGACAAUUGCACAAUAUCCUUAUGAAAAACUGAAAAUGUCCUCGGAUGAUGGGAUAAGGAUGCUUUAUUUAGACUUUGGAGGAAAAGAUGGAGAAAUUCAACUGGACCUUCAUUCCUGUCCAAAACCAAUUGUUUUCAUCAUUCAUUCCUUCCUGUCAGCAAAGAUCACAAGACUGGGCUUGGUGGCAUAAGUGAGAUCCAACUGUU